UCAAUUGUGGAACUGAAAAAGAAGUGCUUCGGAGUACUUAUUUAAAUUUAAUUCACGAGUCGAUUAGUCGGUGAUUUGCGAUGCUAGUAGAAAGUUCGAAGACGGAAAUGUUCGUAGCCAAACACAUCACAAAUAUCCCAUUUACUUUUACUAAUUUCUUGAUAGAAAAAAAUAAAAAAUAAAUAAAAUACACAUCACAAACACCCAAACACGUGUCUAAUUCACCUAAAUCUUCUCCCACCAGCUAGAAACUCUUCCAGCACGUGUCAUAUCCUUUCACUCUAUAAAAACAUAUCCAAACACCUACGACAUUAUCCAACCUAAAUUUUUGUUACAUCUUACAAGUGUUACAUGUUAUCAACACAUCCUCUUUAUAUUUUCCAAGCCUAAAAAAAUAAAUCAACAACAUUGUACUAGGAAAAAUGGCAGGUGUAACACACGACUCCGAUGAUUUCCGGAUAGUCUGCCCGCCGGUGAACAAGGAAGACGGGCGGCUACCACGUAAAUACACCGACGAAGGUCAAGGUGCUAAGUCCGGUAUAUCCCCUCCGAUCGAGUGGUAUAAUGUUCCGGAGGGGACGAAACAUUUGGCCUUGGUUGUAGAGGAUAUUGAUGCCCCAGACCCAGAUAGUCCACUCGUUCCGUGGACUAUUUGGGUCGUGGCACAUAUCCCUCCUACCUUAAAAGGCUUGCCCGAGGGAUUCUCGGGCAAGCAAGAGGAAUUAGGCGGUGAUUAUGUGAAUGUUGCUGAAGGGAAUAAUGAUGAAAAGGUACCUGGUUGGCGAGUCCCUACUAUGCCUAGUCAUGGGCAUAGGAUUGAGUUUAAGUUGUAUGCACUUGAUGAUGAGCUUCGCCUCGGCAAGACGGUGACGAAGGAGAAAUUGUUGGAUGUAACUGAAGGUCACGUAACUGGAGAAGCAUCUAUGACUGCCGUAUUUUAAGUUAUAAUGAUCUAAAAAUUAAUCUUGUUAAAUCAAGUUUUGGUUGUUUAACUUCCCAAUUGUAAUCAUCAAGCUGAUCUUUUUUUCUUUUUCUUAUUAUUUUUUUUUUCAAUUUCCCAUUUUCUGAAUAAUGCAUGUAAUUGGCUGGCUUGAAUGAUUGAAAGGAUUUUGUAAAUUUAUUGACGAUC